AUGGAGAGACGUGGUACCGUGCUUAGCCAACCGUAUCGCCUUGUGGACCCUUUCCAGAUAGAGCGCGAUGAACGAACGCAUCAAAAACCCACCUACAUCUCGAACGCCAUCCACACUUCAAAGUACACGUUUCUCAAUUUUCUGCCACUUUGUCUGCUACAGGAAUUCCGGCGGUCGGCAAAUCUGUACUUCCUAGUGAUCGCCAUCUUGCAGUCCAUUAAACAGAUUUCACCGCUAACGCCGGUAACGGCGAUCGCGCCACUGGUAAUGGUGAUUAGUGUUAGUUUGCUACGAGAAGCGAUUGAAGAUAGGAAAAAGCGCUUGUCUGAUAGUUUGAUCAACGCUAAACCGGUGCUUGUCUUGAGGAAUUUUGAAGAGCAGCGUAUCGUGUGGGAAUCCAUUCAGGUUGGCGAUCUCGCUCGAAUACAUGAGCGGGAAGCGUUUCCGGCGGAUGGGAUAAUACUCGCAAGUAGCGAGGAAAACGGUUCUUGCUUUAUCGACACCAGUAACUUGGACGGAGAAGCCAACCUGAAAUCGCGAGCAUCGCUACGUGUCACGUCGAGUUUCGUGUUUGACAGAACCUCACCCGACAAGGAGAAAUACUUUAUCAAAUGCGAGCAGCCAGACCAGGAUCUGUAUCGGUUCGCAGGAAACCUCUCCGUUGAGUCCAAAAUGUACAGCCUCAGCGAGAAACAAUUCCUUCCUCGCGGCUCGACACUUAUGAACACCAAGUGGGUCAUGAUGCUCGUGGUGUACACAGGUCACGACACCAAAGUGAUGAAAAAUGCGCGAGCGGCGCAUCACAAGCUCAGUCACCUCGACUUACGGAUGAGUCGAACGGUGGUAUUUGUCUUCUUUAUUCAAGUCCUUUUAUGUGCGAUUGCUGCGUGUGUGCACCAUUUCAACUUCGAUGCGAGCGUAUUGCAGCACGUGGGCGACGACCACUCGGAGUCUCUGGAAUCAGUUCUGCUCUUCCUCUCCUUCAUCGUGUUAAUGAAUACGCUGAUCCCCAUCUCCCUCGUAGUGACGGUCGAAAUCAUCAAAACGGUGCACGCCAAGUUCAUCACGUGGGAUAACAAAAUGCGCAACAACAACGGGGAAGGAGCCAUGGCGAACACGUCGUCUCUAACGGACGAACUGGGCCAGGUCAAGUAUAUUUUCACCGACAAAACAGGCACCUUGACGCAGAACCAAAUGGUGUUUCGCAAAUGUAGCGUGGGUGGGGGGAUCUACGUGACCAAGCAGAAACGGUCGCUUCUAAGUGGCGUUUCCAUCUCUUCGCUGGAUGCGCUAAGCGCUGGUACGACAAAGACCAGCACUUUCCAUAGCGAAGACGCCGAACCGAGCGACCUUCCUCCGAUCUCGUAUUUUCGUCGCGUGUUGAAGAAUCUCGAUAGUUGCGAGAGUCAUUUCGCAUUGGCAAUGUCGCUCUGUCAUACGGUUGUGUGCGAAUACGACCGAGCGACUGGCGCGCUGUCGUACAAUUCCGAUUCUCCCGAUGAAUGUGCGCUAGUUCGUGGCGCGGAAGCUAUGGGCGUUCGGCUGUUUGAGCGAUGUGAACACAAACUUUACGUGGCGAUUACGGAAGAAGACCGGCACGGGUCGCACUUGAAAACAGUUGCGUACACGCUCACGUUUGAGAUUUUACGGAUAAUCCACUUUUCGAGUGACCGGAAGCGGAUGACGAUCAUUGUUCGAGAUGAAAAUGGAGGGAUCAAGCUCUUCUGUAAGGGAGCAGAUAGUGUCAUUUUAGAGCGUUGCGAUCACUUUUUGUCCAGUAAGGAAGAGACCAUGGCCCAUGCGACACAAUUCGCUGAAGAGGGCUAUCGGAUUUUACUCUUCGCCGAACGAGAUUUGGACGAGAUUUACUACAACACGUGGGAGGAUCGAUAUGAUGAAGCUGAAUUGGAUAUCCAUUCCAAGGAAGCCAAGACACAGGCACUAGUGGACGAAAUAGAGAGGCACUUUACUCUGAUCGGAGCGAGUGCUGUCGAAGAUAAGCUACAAGUGGGUGUUCCAGAAACUAUUUCCUUAUUUCAGAAAGCUGGCAUUAAGAUUUGGGUGCUGACGGGGGACAAGCUCGAAACUUCCCUCGAGAUGGGCAAGCUUUGUCGAGUUGUUACUCCUAAAAUGCAAGAGGUGAUUAUCCAAGGAGCCACUCGACAUGAAAUGACUCAACAGCUUGAAACAGCUCUCCAGAACUCAAAGGAAAGCCAAGCAGUGCUAAUUGAUGGCAGUGCUUUAACGCUGGCACUUCUCCCAGCCAACCGCAUGAGCUUCCUCAAACUGGCACUACAGUCUGCAACAGUUAUCGUAUGCCGCGCGUCUCCUAUUCAAAAGGCUUUAGUGGUGGAGCUAGUCAAAGCAGGCGUGCCAGACGUCACUCUCGCAGUUGGCGACGGAGCGAACGAUGUUAGCAUGAUUCGAGCGGCUCAUGUUGGCGUCGGCGUCAUGGGUCAGGAGGGUAUGCAAGCCGUUCGAAGUGCCGACUACGCCGUCCAGCAGUUCAGUCAUUUAGGGCGAUUACUGCUUUACCACGGCCGGUUAUCAUAUCUCCGAACAACGCAGUGCAUCGACUACUUUUUGUACAAGAAUAUCGUCUUCACGUUGCCACAUUUUGUCUACGGAAUUGCGUCGGCUUUUUCAGCCCAGACAUUUUUCUGCGACUUGUACAUCACAGCCUACAACGUCGUCUUCACGGCACUUCCGGUGACAGUACGGGCAGUCAUGGAGACAGAUCUUUUGGAGCCUAUCGCGGCCAAGUUUCCAGAGCUCUAUCGCUUCGGAGCCACCAACAUGUUUUUCUCGCAUCGAACAACGGCAAAAUCCUCCACACUAGCAGUUUGCCACGCCCUGAUAACUACAGCUGUCCCUCUGAUGUUGAUGCAGCACAAUAACCUUGGCGAAGGGGACUCGUUCUGGGCAGCCAGUGUCGCGUCGUUCUUCUACAUUGUACCCAUUGUGCACUUCCAGAUUUUCUUCGAGACGUGGAAUUGGACGUGGGUGAUCUGCCUCACGUACGCAUUAUCAUUGGGCGCGUUCUUCAUGUGCAUCGCUGUGUACGAUCACUUCAUUGGCGACAUCGAAGGUGUCUGGAGGACGGUGAUCGCUAGAAAAGGGUUCUGGCUUGGCUUCGCGCUGGCUUCGGUAGCCUGCAUUCUACCCGUUGUAGCUUACAAAUGCUAUGAAGAGAACUUCGAGACGUCCAAUCCUGUCCACAUUCUGCGACGGACACGGCUACAUAACAAAGUGUUGGAUUCUUCAGGGGUAGACACUUUGGGGUCUACCGAUCUCGCAGCUUCUGUCGUACCAAGUCCACAACCCACUAGCAAUAAAAGAUCCUAA